UCCUUGACACCAACUCCCACAGUUCCAUAUCUCCAUUUAAAGGAAUGUUUCCCAAUGGAGUUGCCGUGCGCGUGGAGAUGGCGAUGGCAGGGGAGGCUGGUGUUCCGGGUGGCAAAAGCAGUAUGGAGGUGUGGAAGAAGCGCAUCCAUGUUUUCAGAGAGAAACUUAGAAGAUUUCCAUGUUCGGUAUGGCAGACUGUGUGGAAGGUCGGCCGGGAUGACCCGCGAAGGGCGAUCCACGCCUUGAAAGUUGGAUUGUCUUUGGCGCUGGUUUCCUUAUUAUAUCUGUUGGAACCAUUGUUCAGAGGAAUUGGACAGAAUGCUAUGUGGGCUGUCAUGACUGUGGUGGUUGUGCUUGAGUUCACUGCUGGAGCAACCUUGUGCAAAGGACUGAAUAGGGGACUUGGCACUCUGUUAGCAGGGUCAUUGGCAUUUUUUAUUGAGUACAUAGCCACGGCGUCAGGUCAUGUGCUUCGAGCUGUUUUCAUUGGAAUUGCAGUUUUUCUGAUUGGAGCUAUAGCAACAUACAUCCGGUUCAUCCCCUACAUAAAGAAGAAUUAUGACUAUGGUGUUGUAAUAUUUCUGCUGACCUUCAAUUUGAUAACAGUCUCGAGCUAUCGCAUUGGCAAUGUAAUGAACAUUGCACAUGAGCGUUUCUACACUAUCGCCAUUGGCUGUGGCGUCUGCCUUGUCAUGAGUCUACUGAUAUUCCCAAAUUGGUCCGGGGAAGACAUGCACAAUUCAACUGUGUUCAAGCUUGAGGGGCUAGCAAAAUCAAUAGAAGCAUGUGUCAAUAAAUAUUUUAGCGAUGCUGAAUCAGAAGUAAGGGAGGACAAAUCAUCAGAGGAUCCCAUUUACAAAGGUUAUAAGGCAGUUUUGGAUUCCAAAUCCAUUGAUGAAACCCUUGCAUUACAUGCAAGUUGGGAACCAAGGCACUCAAGACACUGUCACAGGUUUCCAUGGCAGCAGUAUGUGAAAUUGGGAGCUGCUCUUCGCCAUUUUGGCUACACAGUCGUAGCUAUUCAUGGAUGUUUGCAAACUGAAAUCCAGACCCCUCGAUCGGUUAGAGCUCUCUUCAAAGAUCCAUGCAUUCGUGUUGCGGGAGAAGUAUCAAAAGCACUAAUGGAACUCGCGGAUAGCAUAAGAAAACGCCGCCAUUGCUCUCCAGAGCUACUGUCUGAUCAUCUCCAUGAAGCCUUACAAGACCUCAACACUGCCAUAAAAUCACAACCGAGACUCUUCCUUGGCUCCAAUAGCAAUCAAGCAACCAACAUUCUUGCACUAGCUGCUGCAACAGCAAGCCAAAAGCAGGCAAAGGACUCUUCUGGAGUCUCUUUAGCAACAGUGAAAACCGACAGUUCUGCACUGCUUGAGUGGAAAUCCAAGAAGGCAUCUGAGAAUGAACGAAAAGUCUUAAGGCCGCAAUUGAGUAAGAUUGCGAUCACAAGCCUAGAAUUCUCAGAAGCACUUCCUUUCGCUGCCUUUGCUUCUUUACUGGUAGAGACUGUGGCCAGGCUUGAUCAUGUCAUUGAGGAAGUGGAAGAACUAGGGAGGAUAGCAACCUUCAAAGAGUUUGUCCCGGGCGAUGAGGUCAUUGGGAACUGUGAGCAAAGUCGAAAGGAGAAUGCCAGCAACCUACAUUUGCCUUCACAUGGAUUGGAGUGACAUGAAAUCAUAUCUUCUGUUUUAAAAGUUAUUCAUCAUUUGGAAAUGUAUAGCAAAGGUUUAUUUAAUUAUAUGCCUGGCUUUUAAUAUUGAUAAGUAGAUAGAUAUUCUGAUGGGAUGUGGGUUGGGAUGAUAUGAACACAAGGCAGAGCGGCUUUGUAUAAGAAAUCAGGACCCAUUGUUCUUUUAUUUUCGAAAAUGGUUCCUGCAAAUCAUGUUCAAAAUUGAAACUGAAAAAAGGAAAGAGUUUCUGAAAA